AUGGCAACCUCGGCUGCUUCAGCCUGGCUUCUUGCCGCGCCAACACAUGCCAACUAUGAUAGUGCUCUUACCGCUCUCCGGAUCGCACAACCCGCCGCGAUCCUCUCGAUCGCGCUCGCCUCGGUAUUAAUUGACCCAACAAGGGCGUUCAUCGCCCAUCUCUUGCAUCCACGCCGCUCAGACUACGACCGGCUGCGUUCAGAGGCGGACAACAAUGAACCAAGUGAGCGCGACGAGCCACCACAGCCCACGCCGGUCAUCGUGCCCGUUCGAUCGCGCCGCCGUCUGUUGACGCAGUCCACGCAGCUCUGCUUGGCCGGAACUUUUUUCGUCUCGGGCGUCCUUAUCAUCCUUCGUGCCGUGCUGCCGCCCAAGCAAUGGCAACCCGACCUCGAUCUGUGGGGUGCGGUCGACGUGCAAGCUCUCGGUGGACUCCUCGCCUGGGGCUUGGUCGUUAUUGCUGCAUUGUGGGAGGAAAAGGUCCGAGGAAGGGGCAAAUACGGCAGAGGCAAAUCGGCUUGGUCCGUCACCGCGGGCGCAGCCACCGACAUCUGCCUGCUUGUUCUCUACAUGGUCUGCAAACAGCGUCGCGACCUGCCACACACGAGUCCGUGGUCCAUCGCACAGCUCGGCCUGAUCAUCCUGCGUCUUUUGCUCUUUUACCCCGUUCUCAUCCUCGCUCUCUCGUGGGACCGCGUGCGCUUCGUGCGAGCUACCGACCUUGCCAACCAGGCCGCGGCAGCUGCUGCUGCCGGUGGUCCGUCCUCACCGCAGCCACCAUCAGGCCCUGCAGCGAACGACGAGUCGACAGGCCUCCUUCAAGUACCGGGUACCUCCGCUACCCCAUCGUAUGGCGCCACUACCACAAACGGCAAUGCGACGCAACAGUCGGCCGCCAACUCGGGCACCCUGACACCCAACCGCGAUCCGAAUGCCUCCAUGGGUCUCACCGUCGCCGCUGCUCCACCUCCGCCCACUUUCAAGACCUUUUUCUACCGUAUCCGCUUCCUCUUCCCUUACCUCUGGCCCUCAAAGUCCGUGAGACUUCAGCUCAUUGCCGUCGUCUGCGUCGUGCUCCUGUUCGCGGCCCGAGUCGUCAACUUUUUUACUCCGCUCGCCCUCGGUAAAAUCGUUGACGACCUCUCGACCGGUGCAUCGCCUUGGGGCGACGUCAUCCUUUACGCGACGCUCAAGAUGCUGCAAGGCUCCGGAAGCUUGCUGGGCGUGCUUCAGGCCAUCCUGUGGGUGCCCGUGGAGCAGUACUCGGACCGCAUGAUGAGCAUGAUGGCGUUCGAGCAUCUGCUUAAUCUCAGCAUGUCGUUCCACACCAAGAAGAAGACUGGCGAGGUGCUCAGGAUUCUUGACCGCGGCAGCGCCAUCAACAACUUUUUCCAGUACCUGCUCUUUAGCUUGCUACCCGUCUUUAUCGAUAUCUUUGUCGCCAUGGUCUACAUGACACGCACCUUCAGCCCCGCCAUCGGCAUCUUGCUCUUCAUUGUCAUGGUCGCCUACACCUGGACCAGUGUCCAGCUCACCUCAUGGCGUACCGGUCUUCGCCGCGCCAUGAACAACAAGGACUCGAUCUGCCGCGCCAUCUCCGCCGAUGUCCUCAUGAACUGGGAGACCGUCAAGUGCUACUCGAAUGAGGGAUACGAAGCCGAGCGCUUCCGUGCAGCUCUGCAAGAGUACCAGAUGGCCGAGUUCAAGGUGAUUGGCAGCCUCAAUAUGCUCAACAUGGUGCAAAAUCUCAUCUUGGCAUUUGGCACGCUCUUUGCCAUCAUGCUCGUUGCCGGCAGCGUCGUUCGUGGCGAGGCCACUAGCUCGCAGUUCGUCGUCUUUGUCACCUAUCUUCAGCAGGUCUAUCAGCCUCUCUCGAUGCUCGGCACUCUGUACCGCGUGGUGCAGCAGAACCUUGUCGACACGGACAAGCUCAUGACACUGCUCGAGGAAAAGACCGAGGUCAAGGAUAUGCCUGACGCCAAGGACCUCGUGGUCACCGACGGUGUCAUUGAAUUCCAGGAUGUGCGCUUCUCGUACGAUGGCAAGGUCGAGGCGCUCAAAGGCUUGAGCUUCAAGAUCGACCGCCACUCGAGUGUUGCGCUCGUCGGAGAGUCCGGCGCGGGCAAGUCGUCGGUCCUGCGCUUGCUCUACCGCUUCUACGACAUUCAGUCGGGUCGCAUCCUGAUCGAUGGCCAAGACAUCCGCCACGUGACGCAGCGUUCGCUUCGACGCGCCAUCGGUGUCGUACCUCAAGAGCCGUCCUUGUUCAACAAUGACAUCCGUACCAACAUCCUCUACGGCGACACCCAGGCGUCGGACGAGGCGGUGGAAGCGGCUGCACUUGCUGCGCAGAUCCACGAUCGAAUUCUGAGCUUCCCCGACGGUUACGACACGGUGGUAGGCGAGCGUGGCGUUCGCCUGUCCGGUGGUGAGAAGCAGCGUGUCGCCAUCGCGCGAACCAUCCUCAAGAACCCACCCAUCUUGCUGUUGGACGAAGCGACCUCGGCACUCGACAGCCAGACCGAGCGCCAGCUGCAGUCGGCGCUCAACAACCUCAUGCAGGGCCGCUCGAGCUUGACCAUUGCGCACCGUUUGUCGACGAUCAUCAACUGCGACCUCAUCAUUGUCAUGGAUGCGGGUCGUGUGGUGGAGAUGGGCUCGCAUGCCGACCUGAUCGCCCAAGGUGGUGUGUACAGCAAGAUGUGGGAGCAGCAGAUCAAAACGCAGAAGGAACAGGAGGCGGCAGCCGCAGCGCAAGAGGCAACUCGGGAGGUGGAAGCGGAUGUCGCAGAGAGCAAGAACGACCAUGGCGUGCAGGUCGAGUCGCAGCCAGGCUUGCUCGGUAUCGUCCCGCCUGCCGUCACUGGCGAGCCUGAAAACCCGCUAAAGGAUGAGUCGCUAGUCAAGGACGCAGGCGACGAGACGCAAGCGCAGACCCCUACAAGCCACGUCAACGGCAGCAAUGGUCUCCUCGCCGUCGAAUCAGCGCAAGCAGCCAAAGGCAGCCAGAGUGGAUCCAGCUCACCGUCGCUGCAGGACGACUCGCCUUCGGGCUCUGACCUGGCAAACAGCGGCACGUUGAGCAAGGAGGAUAAAAAGAGGUUGCAGAACCGCAAGAAGAACUCGAAGCGACGCGAAAAGGAGAGACAGAAGAAGUCGAGUGGUUAG